CCAAUAAAAUGAUCAGUGUAGUAAGGCGACUCGAUUCCGUUUAAACUGGAAAGCUUUGUGGGGGUGUGAUGUGACGCCCAACAGUAUCGAGGCAGAAUCACUAGCGCUCGUUGCCCAUUAUUUAAUCGUCGUGGUCCCUCGGUCGUCGGAUGUGGUUUUUAGUGGAACGUGGACAAUAAUAGACCCGAUUCAGGCACCUGGUGCUCCAAUACUGUUGUGCAAAUUUCGAGUGACAUUCUUGGUGGGUUUUUCAGUGAAUCGAGUCUCGAACAAAGUCGUUCGAUAGUUUUCCAGGAAAAUAAUAGAAACCCAUAAAGCAGGGAAAACUUUUGCGGCAUCCGUGGACCAUUGUGUUUUGGGGGAGGAUUUUAUUGUGUUUUGGCUUCAAAAAAGGUGAAUAGACGGAAAUUGGAGUGUUUCACAAAAUGUUCCCAUCUGGUGUGAUUGCUGUGGGUUUGCUGGCGUUUGCUGCCAGCGGCCAUGCCCAGCUGUCCUUCCACAAUGAUCCGUCGCAGAAAAGCUUCCAGAUACGGACACCCGGCUUUCAGCAGUCCUUUACUCGGUACUUCAAUGGGCAGCAGGGAAGUCUUUUUGCCGCCCAGCAACAACAGCAGCAGCAGCAUCCACAUCAACAGCAACAAGCAUACAGUCAGCAAUAUGCGCAAUUUCCACAAACUUACCAAUCUCAGCAACCCUACAACCGGUUCGUUUCCCAGUUUUCAUCUGGCGGCGGUGCGGCCACGCAAAAUCCUCAGCAGCAAUACUCGACGGUCCAGGAGAACUACAUCAAUCCUAAUAUCAGACUAGCGGCCGAACAGAGGCGUCUGCUGCAACAGCAACAGCAACAACUGCAAUUACAACAGCAGCAGCAGCAGCAGGAUCAGUACAGCAAUCAAGCGGUUUAUCAACAACAACAACAGCAGCAGCAGCAAGUUCAGCAACAACAACAACAGUACUAUUCACCACAAGAAGUGCAAACGUAUUUGCAGAGCCAGCAGGGCGGUCAAGUUUACGCAACCCAGCUGCAUCCACAGCAGUUCCAACCGCAGCAACCGCAACCGGGAGCACCAACGGGUCAGCAUCAGGAACCGCAGUACGAGUUCAUUCAACAACAACGACAGCUGCAAGCUCAGCAACAGCAGCAGCAGCAACAGCAACAGCAGCAACAAGAGCAAGCUGAUGGUGGAAGCGGUCAGCCCAGCACGAAGCUAAUCGGCGUUGCCUAUUCGCCUUCGAAUGAAGUGUCCCAGGUUAAGUUUUCUAGCAGUGGACUGAAGUAUAACUUUUGAGAGGUGUGUUUUGAAUGGUUGAAGAAGUUCCAAAAUAAGGUAAAUCAGUUGAAUUUAUUUUUGUUAUUU